AUGGACCUGAUGAGGUUGUCACUCUUGCUGUGCUUGGCUGCCCAGGCUCUGACGAGACCGAUGGAAAGACAUCAGGACCAGGAUGACUCUGCCUCUGACCAGGACCCCUUUAUAUUUCAAGUCAUUGAGACUGCAAAUGAAGGAAGUCCUGUAGUACUGAAAGAGAUGGAUAUUUUCGUUGACACCUACCGUAACGGUAGAAUAUGUAGAACCUGCACGUGGCCGAAGAACAGCAAUGGAACUGUCCAAGUACCGUACACCAUAGUUCCUCGGUCCUACUCCCCCUCAGAUAUUUCUCUGAUUAAUCAGGCCUUGAGCGAAUUUGGAGUGAUGACCUGCGUGCAGUUUGUAAACCGGACCACGGAGUCAGACUAUCUCAAUAUAGUCUCACAGUCUGGAUCAGGUUGCUGGUCUUACAUUGGAAGAAUUUUCGGCAAACAGACUCUAAGCCUCGAAAGUUCAAGCUGCAUGACGUACGGAGUAAUUCAACAUGAAGCUAUGCAUAAUAUUGGUUUCUUCCACGAACAUACAAGAGUUGACCGGGAUAACUACAUUGACAUCAAGUGGGACAACAUAGACCAAGGUUACUGGGGCGAUUUCAACAUCAAUCAAGCGAACACUCUGAACCUUCCUUACGAUUAUACAUCAGUGAUGCAUUAUUAUAGGUAUGCUUAUGCCGAGACAUCGACUUUGCCUUCUAUAGUCCCAAAACCUGACCCUACUGUGCCUAUUGGACAGAGACUAGGGUUGAGUUCUCUGGAUGUUAUAUCAUGUGUUCGUUCCUCGCUAACAUUGUCCAUUUAUGUAACCAAAAAUAAAGACCUUUGUAGGACAAAGCUGGUGACGGCCUCAGGAUCCCUUUCCGGAAACAGCUCUUCUGCAAACCAAAGUGGUGGAAACUGCUUGUGGCUCAUUCAAGUCCCAAGCAAGAAGGUUUCAUUGAAUGUUACCUCUCUUAACAUCUCUUCUACUGACUAUAUUAAAGUCUAUGAUGGGAUGCUAAAGACAUCACCUGUCUUAUUGGGGAUGACCAAUGGAUCUGGACCAAUCUCAACCCUGGUUUCAUCUGGGUGCAACAUGCUUGUAGAGUUUGUGAGCAUGGCCAGUUCCAAAUUCAGUAACUUUAAUGCCACAUAUUCAACAGCAGCAGGUGUGAUCCUCAGCAGGAGACAGCACAGACUUGGGGAUGAUCCUCAGCUGGUGCACUCUCCUCCUCGGCCCUUAAUGCGAGAUGAUGCCAUUGCAUUGGCUGUGGAACGAAACCUGGGGCCUAAUUGA